CUCCACAGACUCGACCGAAACAUCACUUCCGUCUAAAUCACAUUACGAUUUCCGCGCGCGAAUGAAUGCAACGAAGCUACUGCUAGUAACUUAGUGCAUUCAAGAUGGUUUAUCUGUUGUUUUCUUUUAAUUAUAUGCACUUAGCAAGAAACUUGUUGUUUGAUUUAUGACAGCGAUACCUGUUUGUUCAUGUUUUGCACAUCUGAUUUCAAUGACAAGUUCGGAAUUAAAGCUGCCUGUCAACUCUAUUUGGGUCACGAGCACAAGUGACCCACCACAGUGAGCUCGAGGACUGUUAAACCUGUUCUUGUUUGUUCGUUGUUACUAGUUAACUAGCGAGUUAACCUAGCUUGUAUUUACUGAAGGAGUACGGUCUUAUUCUGUUACAAGACCAUGUCAAAAGGAGACAGAGAAGACUUUGUUGUAAAGUUUGUAGAAGUCAAUGGACGCAAGACAGACCUUGAUGUCAAGGCCUACGAGGCCAUCUUGGCUCUUCAGUCGGAGAAAUACUUGAAGACCAUUGACGAAGAGACUGCAUUACAGCUGGACCAUAAUGACAAGUCUUUGUUCGUCUUCAGUAGCUUCUCUACUCCCGCAUUCCAGCACUGCAAAGAGCUGGGCUGUCGAAUGGUGAGUCCCCUGGUGGUGCUCUUCUGUCUCCAGCAGCAGCGCUGUGUUCCCAAAGCAGAGCUGCCUGUCUACAACAUGGCCAUGGCUGAUGUCACCAUUUCCUGCACCAGCCUGGACAAAGAGGCUCGAACUGAUGUGAUGGACUUGGUGCAGCUGAUGGGAGGCCGGGUCUAUCGAGACCUCAACGUGUCUGUGACUCACCUGGUCGCCGGUGAGGUGGGCAGUAAGAAGUACCUGGUGGCCGCUAGCCUGGGGAAGCCCAUUGUGCUGCCUAGCUGGGUCAAAACCUGCUGGGAGAAAUCACAGGACAGUUUAUUCCGACACACCGACCUGCCCAUAGAGGAUUAUUUGUGCCCUGUGCUCCGUGGCUGCACAAUCUGUGUCACAGGCCUCUCCUCGAUGGAACGCAAGGAGGUGCAGAGGCUCUGCCAGCAGCAUGGAGCCAGCUACACCGGACAACUCAAGAUGAAUGAGUGCACCCAUCUCAUUGUCAGCGAGCCCACAGGUCAGAAAUACGAGUGUGCACGGAAGUGGAACAUCUUCUGUGUGUCUUUACACUGGCUGUUUGACAGCAUCGAGAAGGGCUUCUGCCAAGAUGAAAGCCGGUACACUGUGGAGAGAGGUGUUCAGAAGGCCACCAAGCCCCACACCUCCACCCCCACCGGCACCAGCUCAAAGAGAGAGGAAGGUGCGUCUUUACUGGGGUUGAGCCACAUCUCUGUGAACAAUAGCAGAACUGUGAAUGACACUGCCAUGACCAACGCUACAGAGAGCCGCCUGGACACGCCAGAUCCCAUCGAUGCGCUGGACAUCACCGUCUGCACCUCAGAUGACUUACUGGACGGAUGCAAGUUGUUUCUGUGUGGCCUGCCAGGAAAGAAGUUGGAGAAGCUCCGUCGUCUGGUCAACAUGGCAGGGGGCCUGCGGUUUAACCAGGCUAGCGAGGAGCUCACUCACGUGGUUAUGGGAGAGAUCGAUCAGGACAUCAAAACCUUCCUGGCCAAAGCCACACACAGGCCUUAUGUGGUGACAGUGCAGUGGCUGUUGGACAGCUUCUCCAGAGGCAGCCGACUCCCUGAGGGGGACUACCACCACCCGGCCUGUCUGCCUCCUGUCCCGGAAGCAGUGGCCAUGCCUGCUCCUCGCGCCUCUGCCUCCCGCGCCUCCGCCUCAGAAGCCCCCGCUGCCUCUGAGCCAGCUACCCCCCAGCACCGGAAGGCAGAGGAGGACAUGCUGUCUCAGUACAUGGACGAGGACCCCACCGUGGUGGAGAUGCCUCAACCGGCUGACAGUUCUGCAGCAACGGAGGAACAGUCCUGGGUCUCUGCCCCAGACCCGCCUAGCGCCGCGUCACGGGCCAGUGCCGACUCCACCAUGCAGGAGCCCAGCCAGGCGGGCCUGUUUGUGGGGAAACGCUUCCUCCUGGUGGGCUUUGGGGCCGAGGCGGAGGCCCAGCUUUCCAUGCUGGUGACGGAGAACUGCGGGAAGGUCCUGGUGAGGCGCUCCCGAGCCGUGGCCGACUAUGCCGUGGUGCCACUGCUGGGUUGUGAGGUGGAGGCCACUGUGGAUGAGGUGGUGACAGACACCUGGCUGGCAAUGUGUGUGGAGCAGCAGUGUGUGUUGGAGCUGGCCUCCCACCCCCUGUUCAGCCCCGUGCCCGUUAUGGAGGGCCAUUCCCCCCUCAGUGACUGUGUCCUCUCAGUCAGUCAGUUCACUGGGGCCGAGAGGGAGUCCCUGGUAGAGUUGGCUAAACACCUAGGAGCCAGUGUCCAGGACUACUUUGUGCGUGCGGCCAACAAGAGGAAGGGCAUGCUGGCCAGUACUCACCUAGUUCUGCGGAGCCCCGAGGGCACCAAGUACCAGGCGGCCCAGAAGUGGGGGCUGCCCUCCGUCACCCUGCGCUGGGUGCUGGAGUCUGCCAGGACAGGCCUGAGGGCGGAAGAGAGGCACUUCCUGGUGGAUUUGCCACCCUCUCCAGAGAGAGAGGAGAGUUUUGUGGGGGGCUCACAGAAGCCAUCUAUGCCCCCUCCCUUGUCCAUGAACAAAUCUCCAGAAAUCCCCCUGCUGGGCCCCCAGAGCGGAGCUGGGGUCACUCCCCUUGACGUGGGACGUUUUCAAAGUAAGGUGUUUCGCUCUGUGCUGGAGCAAGGAGGAUGUGAGGAAGAUUCUACCACCCCUGGACUCCAAGAGGGGGGCAGAAAAGCAGGGGGUGCAAAAGACUCCCCCGCCCUGCAGUUGGACACCCCCUCUCGCUUUCUCUGUCGAGACCAGCUUUUCAGACCCAAUUUUAAUGUCAAGGAUGCGCUAGCAGCGUUGGACACACCUGGGGGCAGGACUGAGCAGGGUCCGGUCGUGACCCCGCUGUCAGAGGUAAUUGGGAGGAACCUCAAGGUGGCCCUGGCCAACAGCACCCGAGGUAACGCCCCUGACCUCCAGGCCCUCAGCGCUAGCCCCCAGCUCAGAAAGGACGCCCACAAAAAGGUGGAGGAGGCUGCUCCGCUGGCUGGCGUGGUGAUCUGUGUCAGCAAGAAGCUGAGCAAGCAACAGGGGGAGCUCAACGCCGUAGCCGCUUCACUGGGAGCAGACUUCAGGUGGUCAUGCGAUGACACUGUGACCCACUAUAUCUACCAGGGCCGUGCCGGGGACAACACUCGGGAGUACCGGGGUGUGAAGGAGAGACGGGUGCACGUGGUGUCCCAGCACUGGCUACAGGCAUGUGCUGAGGAACAGACGCACGUCUCCGAAUCGCUCUACCCGUUCACCUACAACCCCAAGAUGAGCUUGAACCUCAGCCGGGUGCCUCCUGAUAGUAGCCAGAGGUGUGCCCCUGCCACCCGCACCUCCCUACCCCGGUUCCCCCUUCAAAGCCAAGAGGAAAACACCAGACAGCCUGAAGACACUGUGGAAGAUGCCACCAUGUCUCAUCUUGUCAAUGAAAGAGAGACAGAUCGGGAGCCGAGCCAGGACAAUGCAGAGAAGAGAGACCUGUGUGAAACCCUGGAGAUGAGGGAGAACCUUCAGAGGCAGUUGCAGGAGAUCAUGUCAGCCACCAAGAUUACAACGGGCAGGCGGUCCUCGGCCCGCCUCACCCGGCUGGGCUCUGGAGGGGCCGACUCCCGUCCGCAGACACCCGACGGCCAGGCCCGUGUGGGCCGCAAUGCAACUGGCCGGCGCACCCUGGAGGCACUGAGAAUAUCUCGCCAGGCAGUAAUGGAUGUGAACACAGAGCCGUCACAGAUUGAGCAGAUCGUCUGGGACGACCCCACGGCACGCGAGGAAAGGGCCAAGCUGGCUGACAACAUGCAGUGGCCUGGCAGCCCCUCCCAACAUUCGGAUCCCCUUGCUGUACCCCAAGCAGCACCCCCUUCUCACUUGGAACACGCCGGGAACCCCCUCAGGGACUCCAUGACCGACUCAGAGCUGGUGGAAAUGGCGGCCUGUGAUGUUAUUGACCAGCAGAUGGGCCAGAGGCUGAUGACCCCGCCGGUGGAGGAGCCGGAGCCAGACCUCCUCACGCCUAAAGCCCCCAGCAUCGCCUUCCCCCUCGCCAACCCUCCUGUUCCCCCAGGGCCACAGAUGGAGGAGGAGGAGGAGGAGAAGAGUGAGGCAGAGAAGGAGCCUCCUAGAUUCCAGCUAUCCUCCCUUAACCCCCAGGAGAGGAUAGACUACAGUGCCCUUAUAGAGGAGCUCGGUGGUGUGGUGCUGGACAAGCAGUGCUUUGACCCCAGCUGCUCCCACAUCAUCGUGGGGAACCCGCUGAGGAAUGAGAAGUACCUGGCAGCCAUGGCAGCCGGGAAGUGGAUCCUGCACCGCUCCUACUUGGAGGCCUGUCGCUCAGUGGGUCACUUCCUCCAGGAGGAUGAGUACGAGUGGGGCAGCAGCUCCAUCCUUGAUGCCCUACCUUCCGUUACCUCGCAACAAAAGAGGCUGGCCUUGGCUGCCAUGCGCUGGAGGAAGAAACUGCAUGACCGCGCGGACCAGGAUGGUGCGUUCAGCGGUUGGACCGUCAUGCUGAACAUUGACCAGAGCAGAGAGUCGGGGUUCAGGCGACUACUGCAGUCUGGUGGGGCAAAGGUGCUCCCCAGUCCCUCUCCGUCUUUCUACAAGGGAACCACCCACUUGUUUGCGGAGUUCAGUCGGUUGAAGCCAGGAGACUUCCGGGUGGAUGUGCCAGAGGCCAUGUCCCAGGGGGUCAAAUGCCUUAAGCCGGAAUUCAUCGCAGACUACCUCAUGCAGGAGCCUUCACCACCUGUAGAAUUGUAUUAUCUGCCAGAAGCUGCCCAGUGUCUGCCAGAGGGCUCAGUGGACAGCCGUGCCACCCCAACCCGCAAGCGGAAAGCAUCAGGAGAUUCCUCUAAGCUGAAGAAGACCCGUCUGAAGUGAAAACUUCAAUUUAUAGUCAGCUAGUUCUGCUGAAAGGUGGUGGACUAGAAGGGACAUAGGGUGCCAUUUUGGAUUCAGGCCAUAAGACAUGCUGCUGCAGCUGAGGAACCUAAUGAGAGAGACCUCUGGAAGAACAUUCCCACAACAAUGCGCUGUUGCCUUGGAAAUGACGAG